AUGAAGGUGCGCGGGGCCGGGACCGGCACCGGCACCGGCACCGGAGGCGCAAGCGGGGAGGCGGCGCGGCGGGGGGCGGCGGCGCUGGGGCCCCGGUGCCGGUUGGACGCAGGGAGAAGCGGGCUGGAGCAGGGCCCCGGAGCUGCCCCGCCGCCCCCGCCGCCAGCCGGUGGGCCCGGGGGGGACGGCAAGCGGCUGUCGGUGCUGCUGAGGAAGAUGCACUUGUUCCGGAGCUCCAGCUACGAGAUCCGGCUGGAGGGAGAGGGGGGCAGCCUGCCCCGCAUCCAGGGCAUCCGCUGGACCCCGCUUUUGGACACUGAAUCCUCGCUGGAGUAUGGACACAGCCUUACCCAGGCAUCCCCGGAGAAGAUCUGGCGAGCCGGGAAGCUCCUCUUCACCCACCUCACCAGCACCUGCCGCGGCCUCAUCCGGGACCACAAGCAUCACCUGCGGCACCACAGGCAGUGCUGCUCGGGGAAGGAGCUGGUGGACUGGCUGCUGAACGCGGGGCUGGGCGUCCAGAUGCGGAGCCAGGCCGUCGGUGUGGGCCAAGUGCUGGUGGACGGAGGGGUCCUGACGCACGUCAAGCAAGAGUGGCAUUUCCAGGACAAGGACACCCAGUUUUAUCGCUUUGCUGAGCUGGAGCUGAGCCCCGAGCCCGGCGCGGGGCUGCGGGAUGUGGAGGAGCUGCUGGAGGCCGUGGCUUUCCUGGCCCAGCUGGGUCCCGACGCGCUGCUCACCAUGGCCCUGCGGAAGCCGCCGGCCCAGCGCACGGAGGACGAGCUGGAGCUGAUAUUUGAGGAGCUGCUCCACAUUAAAGCUGUGGCUCAUCUCUCCAACUCGGUGAAGCGGGAGCUGGCGGCCGUGCUGAUGUUCGAGUCACACCAGCGAGCCGGCACCGUGCUGUUCAGCCAAGGAGAUAAAGGCACCUCGUGGUACAUCGUCUGGAAGGGCUCGGUGAAUGUGGUCACCCACGGCAAGGGCUUGGUGGCCACCCUGCACGAGGGGGACGAUUUUGGGCAGCUGGCGCUGGUGAACGACGCGCCCCGCGCGGCCAGCAUCAUCCUGCGGGAGGACAACUGCCACUUCUUGCGGGUGGACAAGCAGGACUUCAACCACAUCCUCAAGGACGUGGAGGCCAACACCAUGCGCCUGAAGGAGCACGGGAAGGUGGUGCUGGUCCUGCAGAAGAACCUGCAGGGCGGCAGCAGCCAGCCGGCCGCGGCACGGAGCAGCAGGUACCUGGUGAUGGCCGGGACGCCGGAGAAGAUCCUCGAGCAUCUGCUGGAGUUCAUGAGGCUCGACGCCACGCUCUACGACCCCGUGGACACCCUCCUGGGGGAUUUCCUGCUGACCUACACCGUCUUCAUGCCGACCUCGCAGCUCUGCAGAGCUCUGCUGCACCAUUUCCGCGCGGAGCCGCUGGAGGGCUCGGAGCAGGAAAAGGCCACCUACUCCCUGCACAAACGCCGCAAGAUCCUGCGCCUGGUGAGCCAGUGGGUGCUGCUCUACGGGCGUCUGCUGCAGGGCGACCGCAGCACCACGGCUCUGCUGCAGAACCUCGCCGACCUGGCGAGCCGGGACCCCCGCCUGGGAGGGAUGGUGCAGGAGCAGGAACGCCGGCGGCCCCGAGUGUUGGAGAACGGAGACGGCAGCGUUUCUCCCCAGCCCAAGGCUCGGAGCUCCGUGAGCUGGCUGGCGAGCCAGGAAGAGGCGGCUUUGAGCAGCAGCUGUGCCUUACGAGCCCAGGACAAAGUGCCCUACGAGAUCUACAGACCGGACCACUCGUGCCUCAUCACGGUGCUGCCCAUCAACGCCUCGGUGCGGGAUGUCCUGCGGUCCCUCACCCCCUGGCUCGGCCGGGACCGGGAACACCUCCUGGUGAAGGUGAAUUCAGCCGGAGAUAAAGUGGGGCUGCAGCUGGACGCCGUGGGGGUGUUCACCUCGCUGGGGCUCAACGAGCGGCUCUUUGCCGUGAGCGUGGAGGAGCUGGGCGGCUUGACCCCCCAUCCCGAGCAGCUGGGCCCCCACGUCGGCUCCUCCGAGACCUUGGACCUCAUCAGCUCCAAGGACCUGGCCAGCCACCUGACGGACUACGACUGGAACCUCUUCAAGAGCAUCCACCAGGUGGAGAUGAUCCACUACAUCGUGGGGCCGCAGAAGUUUCACGAGGUGACCACCGCCAACCUGGAGCGCGUCAUGCGGCGCUUCAACGAGCUGCAGUACUGGGUGGCCACGGAGCUGUGCCUCUGCCCCGAGGUGGGCAGGAGAGCCCAGCUCCUCCGCAAGUUCAUCAAGCUGGCUGCGCACCUCAAGGAGCAGAAGAACCUGAAUUCCUUCUUCGCGGUGAUGUUUGGUGUCAGCAACACGGCCGUGAGCCGCCUCGCCAAGACCUGGGAGAGGCUGCCCCACAAGAUCCGAAAGCUGCACGCAGCGCUGGAGCGGAUGCUGGACCCAUCGUGGAACCACCGGGUCUAUCGCCUGGCCGUCGCCAAGCUGAGCCCCCCCAUCAUCCCCUUCGUCCCCCUCCUCCUCAAAGACAUGACCUUCAUCCACGAGGGCAAUCGUACGCUGGCUGAGAACCUCAUCAACUUUGAGAAGAUGCACAUGAUGGCCAAGACGGUGCGCGUCCUGCAGCGCUGCCGGGGCCAGGCGCACGCUCCGCUCUCCCCGCUGCGGAGCCGCUCCCCGCACCGCCCAGAGGACCCCAAGGCCGUCAGGAUGAGCACGUGCUCGGAGCAGUCCCUGAGCGUGCGGAGCCCCGUCUCCACCUGGGCCUACCUGCAGCACCUGAAAGCCAUCGACAGCCAGAAGGAGCUGCUGCGGCUCUCCCGAGACCUGGAGUCCUGACGGGCAGGAGGGAGACGGAGCAGGGAUGCAGCGGGGAUGCGGCAGCACGCAUCUGC